AUGGCCCUGUUUCUGCAGCUGCUGCCGCUGCUGCUGUCGAGGGCCCAAGGCGACCCCGCGGCUUCACUGCACGGCAGUCCCGGGGACCGGGUGAAUCUUUCCUGCAUUGGGGUCUCGCAUCCGAUCCGUUGGGCCUGGGCGCCUAGCUUCCCCACCUGCAAGGGCCUGUCCAAAGGACGCCGCCCGAUCCUGUGGGCCUCAUCGAGCGAGAUCCCCACGGUGUCUCCCCUCCAGCCCUUCGCUGGCCGCCUACGAGCUCUGGACCCUGGUAUUCGGCGGCUGGAGCUGCUCCUGAGCGCCGGGGACUCGGGCACCUUUGUCUGCAGAGGCCGCCACGAGGAUGAGAGCCGUUUGGUGCUUCACGUGCUGGGGGAUGGACCCGAAUGCAGGGCUCCCGGGCAUACCCAGGGGUCCGUGUAUCCCCAGAUCCUGAUCCCGCUUCUGGGCGCUGGGCUGGUGCUGGGACUCGGGGCCUUGGGCAUGGUCUGGUGGCGACGCAGGCGCUCGCCCCCGCACCAGCUUCCACCACGCCCCAGCUUUGCUCCACUUGUGAAAGCCGAGUCCCAGAAGCCAGUAAAGGAGGAACCUAAGCUUCCAGAGGACCUGGACCAGGAGCCGAGCCUGCUGUACGCAGACCUGGACCACAUGGCCCUCAGAAGGUCCUGCAGGUUGUCCCCAGUGGUUCCUGCUGAUGCUUCCACCAUCUAUGCAGUUGUGGUUUGA